AUGGACGAACUAAAUAAUAGACAAACUCCAAAAUUACGAUUUCGACAAUAAUAAGUGUAAUAGAAAGCCAUAGAAAGUGAUCCAAAACAAACACAAAUUGCUAGAUUGCCAUCAGGUUCAAAAAAUGCAAUUGCUCUACCUCGUUUGGAUAGUAGAGCUGCCACUUAAUCCUUGGUCAUGAAAGAUGUGGACAAAGAGAUGAAUUAAUUGGAACUGAGUAGUAAAGUCAGGGAUUUAGAGAUUUUGAUGAUAGAUUUCAAAGCUAAUAUUGAAAGAAGGAUAUAGAAGACUAUCGAGGAUAAUCCAUAAAAGUAUAUGCAAUCGAUAAAGCAACUGGAAUCAUAGGAAAUGCAUUUGUGGAAACAAGUGAAUGACAAACAGGCCAUACUUCAAGAUGCAAUAAGUCAGUUACGAAAUUAAGGAGAGAAGAAUAGAGACAAUCUCUCUUAGAUGAUCCUUGAUUUAUAAAAGAAGUGCAAUGAUCAGGAACUCAAAUUGGGUGCCUUAAUCAAUCAAUAGGAAGGCAUUGAAUUGAAAUUAAAUGUUUCCAAACCCACUUCUAUAUAACCAGUACCUGACAAUCUUGAGGUUAAAUUAUUGAGAGAAGCAUUCAACAACGAGAAAACACACAGAGAUGUGAUAGUAGAAGACUUGUAAAAGUAAUGGCAAGAUUUCCACUACAGAUUGGUUAAACAGGAAUCAGAUUUUUACAAUAAAUUGAAAUAACAAAGAGAGGAGUUCUUAGAAUAAAAUGAGAAAACUAAGGUCAGCAUCAAGGCCUUAGAUAAUAUGAAAUUGGCCAAAAUCAAUUAGGAUUAGGAUUACAUCAAGAAUCUGAUUGGAAGUGUAGAGGCCAGAAUUGCUGAUGAAGUUGAAAGGCGUUUAAAGAGUGAAUUCGAUCAAAGGAAUCAAUUGGAAAAUAAAAUAUAAGCAUUCAAAGAGGAAAUAAGAAAUGAUGAAAAAUAAAUCCUAUUGGGAGAACAAAAAUUUAUGAAAUAGAUGCAUGACAGUGUUUCAUCAUUAAAUUAAAUUAUUAAGAAUACAAAGGAAUAAUUAGAAGCUAAUUUGGCUGCAUCCCAAACCAUUGUUACUGAAAACAUCAAGUCUAUCUCUAAAACAGUUGAUAUGAUUAGAGAAUCAUCAUUGGCUAAGGUGGCUUUGAUUGAACAAGGCUAAAAAGAAUUAAAUUUCAGAGUUGGUGAAACUAGGUAAAUGAUGCAUGAACAUGCUAACUUAAUUAAUAAUAGUCUUCAGAAAGAAUUUUAGAGGUAACAAGACUAGUUAUAGGGUUAUGAAUCUUAGAUGCAAAAGAGUAUUGAAAUUUAAAAUAAGUUAUUGAAUGAUGAAAGAACAUUGAAUGAAGAUUGGAAAAAGCAGUUUGCACAGAAAAACUUAGUUAUUUUUACUGAAGUUAGUACAAAUCUUAAGAACAUCAAAGGAGACUAAAUUAAAGAUAAGAAUGAACUCCAAGAGGGUCUCAAAAAGAUUACUAAUGAUGUUGAAAAUAAUGAUAAAAAAUAACUUUAAUUGAUGAAAAAUCUAGAUCAAAAGGUAAAUUAAGGAUUAAAUUCUUAAGAAUUCAAAUUGGAUUAGUUAAGAAUAGAGCUUUCUGAAAUCAUUAAAAAUAUACAAUUACAAUACAAUAUCUAAAUGCAUGAAUAGAUACAAUUUGCCAUUGAGACUGCUAAAAAGGAUGCUACUCAGUAAGUUUUAGAGUCUUCAUAACAAAUCAAUGAUAGAAUCACUAGAGAAAUAGAAAUGGCUGAUUAAUAAACAAAUGCAAAAUUAGACAGUUUGUCAAUUUAAAUGAAGGAUCUAAUUAGAAACAGAGAAGAAUAUAUUUUACAAAGACUAUAAUCUAUGAUUGAUGAAGAGAAGGAACUUAGACAGAGACUGUAAGAAUUGAUUGAGAAAUAUGGAGAUAUGGUUAGAAAAUUGAAGGAAGAUCUGGAUUAUGAAAUGUAGCAGUUGAGAAGGGAUUAGGACGAGAAAUUGAAUGAGGCCAUCUAAAAGAUUGAAAGAGAUUAUUCAGAAAAGGUCAAAGAUAUUGAGAGGUAACUUAAAUAAGAAAUUCUGAAUUCAGAAAAUAGAAUGUAAACAAAGUUGGAUGUGUUAAGCUUAGAAUUUUCUAAGACUAUGGAAUAGAUGAAACUUUAUAUUAAAAAAAUAGAGAAUACUCUAAAAUCAUAUGUUCAAUAAGAAUUAGAAUAAACUAAACAUGACUUAAAAAUGAUGAUUAAAGGCAUUGAAGAUGAUGUAUUUAAGUUAAGAAUUUGGACAAUUCAAUAAAUGGAAAAAAUGGAUUCAGCCAUGAAGGAGAUCCAUAUAUAAAUAUAAACUGAAAUGUAUCUGGAAAGAAUGUACACAAUGACCACACUUGAAAACUUCUAAGAACAUCUUAUCAAUGUAAUGAAUAAAGAAAAGUAAGACAGGUUGUAGUGGCAAUUCUCAAUGGAGAAUUAACUCAAUCAAUUGGAUAUGUCAUUAAAUAAUAAAAUUGAUUCUGUUUAGAAUAAUUUACAAUAGUAAUUGGAUGAUGUUAAUGCUGAGUUUAAAUAGGCUGUUCAAAAAUUGAAUGAAUAAAUAAAUGAAUAGCUUGGCAAAUUAGAAGAAGAUUUCAAUUAAAAAUUAAAUGAUGUGCAUGAGCAAGUAAAAUAAGCAGCAAAGGAUUUAGAGGAUAAAAUCAACUAGUAGAUGGACAAGAUGAACGAAGAGAUUAAUUAAUAAUUGACUCAAUUUAAAAAUGAUGUGGAGAAUUAGUUUUAAGAAUUAACUGAAAAAAUUAAACAAGAUCUAUAAGAUUUAUUUGAUGAAAUUAAUUAGAAAGUUAAUAACUUAAGAGUAGACACACAAAAUGGGUUGACUCAAGUUGUUAAAUUAUAGACAACAUUAGGAAAUCAAUUGAAAUCAUAAAUUGAUGAGAGUUUUGCGUAUUUCUAGUCAAAGUUUUAUCUGAUGGAAUAAAUUCGUUAGGCUAAUGAAGAACUAGAUAAGGAGAGACACACAGGCAUUAUAGGAAAGUUAUAAUUGUUAGUUAAGGAAAUGGAGAGAUUGGAGCAGAAGAAGAACUAAAUAAAAAAAGAUUUGAAUGAUUUCGUUAAGGGAGUUUAGAAUAACUUUAAUAAUAUUACUGAUGCCAUCAAGGCUCAUGGGCAAUUCUUAAAUGAAUUAGAUUCCAAAUUAACAAUUGAAUUACUGUUGUAAUAGACCAUCAACGAAGCUUAAGAAUAUAAAUUAUAAGCCUAAUUAAUUGAAAUGAAUAAAAAUUCAGAAGGCAAAAUUUAAGAAUUAGAAGAGAAAUUAACGAAUUUCGAUACCACCAUUCACAAUUAACUUGAACAAAUUCAAGUUGAUUAGGAGGAAACAAAUAAUAGAAUUGAAACAGAAUAAAAAAAUCAUUAAGAGUAGAUAAAAAUGCAAGAAGAACAAUUAAAAAUUUAAGAGGAUCAAUUAAAAACUCAAGAUGAAUAACUAAAACUUAGCUUUGUUUAAUUACAAUAGAUUGUAGGUAAUAUAUAGUUAAUGAAAACUAUGAAUGGGGCCAUGGAAAUAAAUCUAUCUGAUUAUGUGAAGACUUAAAUUUAGCAAACUUUGGAGUUAAUUUUGAAAAAUAAUUAGACUAAUUUAGAUAACAUGGUGAAAUAAGAAAAAAAUAUCAAAUUGUUGAUUGAGGGUAAAAUUGGAUAAUAAAAUCAAAAUUUGAAAUAGAUAACUGAUUAUGUUGAUAAAAUAGUUUAGGAUACUACUUAGAUGUAAGUGGAUGUAAACACUGAAUUUGAAAAAGUUAAUGAUAAAAUUUAAUUACUAUAGAAGGAAUAAGGUUAAGGUUAAAGUUAAUCCAAAGAUUUGGAUUAGAAUAUGGUGGCUUAUGGAAUAGCUUUAGACACUGUUAAAAAAGAUUUAGAAGGCGAAAUUAAAAGACUGUAGACAUAGAUUGAUAAUUUAGGAUAAAAUGUUGCAUUUUAAAAAACAGGAAAUUAAGAUAAGAACUAGCCAUAGUCUGACAAUAAAAUGAAGGAAAUGGAAAUUAGAAUCAAUGAUAUUGAAUAGGAUUUCUAGAAAUAGGGAACAGAUAUAGAAUCACUUAAAAACCAAGUUAAAACUCUAUAAUCCAAUAAAUAGAUUUAAUCUCCAGUAUCAUAGACUCCAAAUAAUAAAAGUUAAAAUAACCAACAACAAAUGGACAUGUUUGCUAAAGAAAUUGAUAGAAUUGAUUAAGAGAUUAAUAAGCUCAAGAAUCAAAUCUCUAAAUUAGGUUCUGGAGUAGCUGGUGGAGCUGCAGUCAAUAAUUCAGAUGCUACAAAAGAAAUCUAAGAGUUAAAAAGUUAUGUAGAAGAUUUUGAAAAAGGAGUUACUACAGAAAUAUAAAACUUUAGAACUGAAGUAGAAAGCAUGAAGAAAAAUAAAAGUGGUAGUGCUGCUACUGGAAUUACAGCAGAGGAAUUUGGUCAAUUUUAAAGUUAAUUAGAUGAAGAAUUUAAUAAAUAUGAUGGAUAGAUUUAACAAUUAAAUGAAGAGAUCUAGGUUGUUAAGAAUUAAUCAACAGGAGGUGCUGGAAAAGCUGGAGAUAAUAAAUUAAUUGAAGGAAGACUUAAACUUAUGGAAUAAAAACUUUUGGAUCUUGAAGGAGAAAUAACUUAAAUGCAGGAUGUUAUUGAUGAACACGACGGUAAACUUAAUGAUAUUGCAAAAUGA